GUAUCAGUCUCAGGAUAUGACGCCAUCACGUUACAUUACGUCUCCGCGGUGUGACGCUGUUCGUGCGGGAACUUAAACCAACCUGCUUUGUGUCCAUCUGCAAAGAUUUGGUGCAGCUUUUCUUAUGAAACGGAGUUUUAUCCGCUGCAGGUUUGUCUGGUGCUUGCAGAUCAUAGCACAUGGAGUCAGAGAGAGGUGAAUCCCUGCCGUCGUCUUCCAAUCCAGUGGAGGUCGUCAACUCCAUCCGUGAGCGUACGAUUGCAGAGAACAGCAUGGUGGUGCUGCUGCAGGGUCUGCACGGAGAGGUGACCACAGUAGACCUGAGAAACGAGAGCACGGCCCGGGGGCGUGUGGUCAACGUGGACGCCUUCAUGAACAUACGCCUGGAGGAGGCGCUGUACAGGGACCGCCGUGGUCGGCUCACUCAGCUGCAGGACAUGUUUAUCACCGGCAGGAAUGUCCGCUAUGUUCACAUCCCAGACCACAUGGACAUAAUGAAGACCAUACAGAGCCAGCUGGCCAAGAUCCACAGAGUCCGCAACUUUGCCAGUCAAGGAGGAGGAAGAAAAGAGUUCAAGAAAACCAAGUAACUUAUUAUCUUUUUUGUACAAAGACUCACACAACUCUCUGCUGGGUUCCUACUGUGCAAGUGUGGAGGCAUACAUUCUUUUUUUGAUGCAUCACUGUCAAUCAGUGAUGAAUUACUGGACUUUGGGUCAUGAGAUUAAUUUCUGAGGGUCAUUUAAAUGGUUGAGAGAAAGGAAAAUGGUACAGCCUUAUUAUUCUGGCAGGUCAUAACUACUGAAGAUCAUUUUACACAAUAAAACAUAGUUUUUCUGACA